AUGCUGGGCUCCUUGAUUCUGCUGUGGAUCAGCUUCUGCCUCCUCUUCUUCCUCUUCAGAACCCAGAGGCCAAAAAACUUCCCCCCUGGACCUCGCCCCAUCCCAGUUUUUGGAAACCUGCUGCAGCUGAACCUGGAAAACCCCAUUAAUGACCUGGAAAAGCUGUCUGAAUGUUACGGGAAGGUUUUCAGUCUGUUCUUUGGAGGGAGGCCAGCGGUGAUACUCACCGGUCUGCAUGCGAUGAAGGAGGCCUUGCUGACCAAAUCCUUCGACUUCGCCGGUCGUCCGCAAGGCCUUCUGCUCAACCACCUCACCCAGGGCAAAGGCGUCAUCAUGGCCGAUUAUGGGCCCAGCUGGAGAGAGCACCGCCGGUUUGCCCUGAUGACCCUGCGGAACUUUGGCCUGGGGAAACAGUCCAUGGAGCAGAGGAUUCUGGGAGAGAUUUCUUAUGUCAGCUCGCACUUGGAGAAGAGCAAUGGAAAAUCCAUUGACCCCCAGACGCUGUUCCACAAUGCAGCAUGUGACAUCAUCUGCACCAUCAUGUUCGGACAUCGGUACGACUACAAGGACGAGUUUUUCCAGGUCAUGAUCACCAUGAUGGCCGAGAACUCCAAGAUCGCCAACGGGCCCUGGGGCAUGAUUUACGACACCAUGCCUCUCCUGAGGUACCUGCCCCUGCCGUUCCAGCGAGCCAUAAACGACUACCACACCGUGAGGCUGUUUGUGCUGGAGAUCACUGCGCGGCACAGGAAGACUCGGGUUCCGGGAGAGCCGCGGGACGUCAUCGACUGCUACCUGGACGAGAUGGACAAGAGAGGGAACAGUGGAUCUCUUUUUGAUGAAAGUCAGAUGAUCACUCUCCUCCUGGACCUCCUCUUCGCUGGGACGGACACCACCUCCAACACCCUCCGCACCACCUUCCUGUACCUAAUGACUCACCCAGACGUUCAGGAGAGGUGUCAGAGGGAGAUUGACGCGGUGCUCGGGGAGAAGGAACAGGCCUCUUACGAGGACAGACACAGGAUGCCCUACAUGCAGGCCGUGAUCCACGAGGCCCAGCGUGUCGCCAGCACCUUACCGCUCAGCGUGUUCCAUUGUACUACCAAAGACACAGAGCUGAUGGGCUACGACAUCCCCAAGGGCACCCUCAUCAUUCCCAACCUCUCCUCUGUUCUGAGUGAGGAGAGCCAGUGGAAGUUCCCCCGUGACUUCAACCCUGAGAACUUCCUAAACCAACAGGGGGAGUUUGUGAAGCCAGAGGCCUUCAUGCCUUUCUCCGUGGGGCCUCGAGUGUGUCUGGGAGAGGGUCUUGCUCGCAUGGAGCUUUUCCUGAUCUUGGUGACCCUGCUGCGCCGGUUCCAGUUUGUCUGGCCCGAGGAUGGUGGGGUACCUGACUACACCCCUGUUUUCGGGGUCACUCAGGCACCCAAACCGUAUAGAAUGGGUGUCAAGUUGAGGGGAACCCAGAGAGGAUAAAAAACAGCAGAGAGUGAACUGAUGCCAUGGACUAAUACUGUAGAUUUAGUGCAUUGCCAGGGCCUGAAAUAUUAUUGCACUAAAGACCAGGAUACAUCAUUAUUAUUCAUUGUCUGUCAGAUGUGGAAAAUAAACAUAACUUCUCUACUGCCAUAAUCAUGUCAUGAACACUUACAGUUGUCAAUUUUAUUAAUUAUCAACAAUAAAUGAAUGGUUU